AAAGCCACAAAAAGGUUAAUGACGCGUCAGAUGUCUUCCGCACUUCGAUUUGGUUGUUGUUGUGUCACGAGCAACAAGAGCUGGGAGCAGCAACGAAUUCAAAAGGAAGACUCUCAGGAUGUAUCUUCAUUUACCAUCCAUCCAAAUUCCUAAUUCAACGAUAGAAAGAUGCCAGCUUACCGAGUAGAACUUGCCCACACCGGUCGCGCAGGCUGCAACGGAAGAAAACCUUGUAAUGGUACCAAAAUUGGCAAGGGCGAGCUUCGUCUUGGUGUUUGGGUAGAGAUCAGGGGUAAUGGAGGCUUCAAAUGGCGCCACUGGGGCUGUACCACCCCUGAAGUCAUUAAACACUGGAAGGAAGAUUUCGAAAAGCCUUCUGAAAUCGAUGGCUUCGAGGAAAUUCCUGAAGAAUACCAACAAAAGGUCACCGACGCAUGGAACGAGGGCCACGUCAAGGAAGAGGAUGUCCCUGAAACUGCCAGGGUUGAAAAGGUAGAGGAGAACGAGCCAGAGGAUGAGAAGCCUGCAACCAAGAAGAAGGGCACUAAGAAGGCUAAGGCCGAAGCUAACGAGGACGAAGGCUCCCCCGAGGCUCCCAAGAAGCAAAAGGCUCCUGCGAAGGAGAGCAAGGCCAAGAAUGAGCCAAAACACGAGGACGAGAACGAGGUCGAAGCCUCACCUAAGAAGAAACGUAAGGCUCCCGUCAAGCAGGCUAAGAAGAAAGAGCCCGAGGAACACGAAGAGCCCGCUGCUGAGGAGGGUCCCAAGAAGAAGAGGAAGGCUGCUGUUAAGGAGGCGGAGAAAGCAGAACCAUCGGACAACGUUGAGGAAAAACCCGAGGAAAAGCCUAAGCGGGGCCGAGGACGUCCCAAGAAGACUGAAGCUUAAUGGAUGGUUGAUGAGCAGCUGGGUGACUACUAUGGUGAAAGUGAAUGAGGCUGCGAAAGGAUCGACUUCGCAAUAGCGUAGUUUUGGUGGUGGGGUGAUGCGUGUGCAUUGGAAGUUGGGGGCGUGGAAGAUACAACAUGGUGUAUGGGAUAAUGAGUGGAGCUACUGAAAUGCUGCUUGGGUUAUUAUGCGUGAUCGAAAGUAUGUAUAAGUACAAGUGCAGUCCAGUUUGGAUGAUGGAAGAUGAAGGGGGAUAUAAAAACAUGCAGUUAAUUAAAUACUGCGACCUUCUCCACCUUCACCUGCACCUCUACCCUGAAAAAAGGUGGAGAAGACAAAUGAGCAAAAAGCGGAGGCCGCUGAGUCAAGGGUGUGCCUCUCCCAAAACUUUUAAAAGAAUCACAGCAUGCCGCUCGGUUGCCGAAAAAAAGGACUGAAAAGCGAAAACG